GUAAUUUCUUCGAUUAUAUCAAAGAAGGCAUGCUAUUUGGGAUCGGCUUAAACUACGAAGAAAACCCUAAUUUCAGACUUUACUAUGCAUCAAAGGACAUGAUUAGGAACAAUAUCAAGAAACGUCUCACUUUCGCUGACCUCCUAGAAGAAUUCCGUCAUCCUCCCAUCGAAAACAGAUUAGCAAUAUCAAUCGGCUCAAAGGGCUUUGUGGUAAGCGGGUUUGGUUUUGAUCCACAUAAGGAACAAUACAAGGUUGUGAGAAUUCAUUACCCCGACAGAAACCUCGAUGUUGGGCAUGUGGACGUGUAUACCCUGGGUGCCGGCUCCGGUUGGAGAAAUAUUGGAGAUGUUACGUACUCUUUAAGUUCACCACCGGGUAUCCUUGUCGACGGAGUGCUGCAUUGGAUAGAUUACAAGGCAAUGAAUAUUGUGGGGUUCAGUUUACAAGAUGAAAAGUUUGGAUCACUUGCAUCACCACCCUGCUUAUCACAUCUGCAUGGAGCUGCAGCUUAUAGGCUCAAAAAAUUGAAAGGCCGUCUAUGCGUUGUUCAUCUUAGGCGUUCAUGGUAUCUGCGUGUUGACAUAUGGUUCUAUACCAAGGAUUACAAUACUUGGAGUUUGGAGAUCAAGCUAAAACCCGUAAGAUUUUACUCGGACACUGAUUACGACCCACUCCUUGUAACAAAGGAGAAUAAAGUCCUAUAUUGGUGCGACAAGUCGAAUCUUUUAUGUUUUGAUCCAAAAACCUCAACUACGACCAUAGUCAUCGAUGAUUCUAGUGAUUUGGGUUUGAUGUAUUUCAGUGCAACUCCCCAUGUAAAUACUCUUGUUUCACUAAAAACUCUAGAAAAAGAAAAUUGUGUCGUACAAGAAUGGGAUGGGUGCACAAGAGAGCUGUAUCAGCCACCUAGCGACACACAACUGAUCACAGGAGGAGUACUUCCGGGUCCAGAUUAUUGGAUGAAGAUCGCAAGGUGGCUUACGCUUUUAAAUAUAGCGUCACAAUUGAUUUGUUUGGGCAAAUACGUCGAAUCUAUGGGAGAGUUGUUUCUCAUGUUUGUCAGCUUAGCAUUAAGUAUCGUAUCAUUUUUGAAUAACGAAUAUAACGAAUUUUAACAAUUCCAAGAAAAAUGAAAAAAUAUUUUAAUACUCCCUUCGUCUCCAUUAUAUAGUCGGAGAAGUGAGGAUCUCUUAGAAUAAGAAUUUUUUUUUAUUUCCUACAUUUUCAUCCUCUUUCCUGUUUUAUCCUUUAUACAAUUUCCAAUACUAGAAACAUUAAUUUAA